GAGAUGACCCAUUCCUGGCCUCCUCCUCUUACUGCUAUUCACACUCCUGGCAAGGCUGAGCAGACCAAGUUUGCUAUCCCAAGCAAGGUACAAGACUCCCAACAUCUGACCUCAGGAUACAAUGUACAAAAGUGGAGUGAUCCAGCAGGGAAAGUUGCAACUAAGUCAGUGCCACAAAAGUCAAUGCUUGAGGAUGAUCUGAAACUCAGCAGUGAUGAAGAUGACAAUGAACAGGCUGCUGAAAAGACAAAAUUGAGAAACAUUCCUGUAAACAGCCUGCCCGUGCCAGCAGCACAUGCGACUGGCUUGGCCCAUUCCAGCGGCGGCUCCGGGAGCUCCAGCGAGUCCGAGAGCAGCUCUGAGUCCGACUCUGACAGCGAGAGCAGCUCCAGUGACAGCGAGUGCAACGAGGAGUCGCGCAGUGCCACGCCAGAGCCUGAACCUCCCUCAACAAACAAAUGGCAGCUGGAUAAAUGGCUAAAUAAAGUGAACCCCCACAACAAGACCAUCAUCAACAAUCAAAAUGAGCCUCACAGCGAGACCAGCUCCCAGGCCCAGAGCAACCAGCAGGCCGAAGGGCCAAACAAAGGGAAGCUCAACAGCAGCCUGCCCCCAACUGAUUCCAAAGACCGGGCAAUCCUUAGUCCCAUCCGAGAGAAAGCCAAACCACGGGUUGCCCAGAAAACCCCAGAGGCAAAAAGCUCCAAGCAAAAGUCACCAGCUCAUAAUGAGCCAACUUCACAAAGGACUACUGGGAAAAAGCAACCCAAAAAGGUAGAAAGGACUUCCAGUGUAGAAGAGUAUAACUGGCCCAAACCAAAUAAUACCAGCAACACUCCCAAAGAAAAAGACACACAGGAACCCCCCGAGCAGCCAAAGGUUCGAACUAAAGCAGCAGUUGGGAAGACCGCUCCAAGGAAAGAACCACGAACUAGCACAGGUCUCACUUCAGAAAAGAAAAAGUACAGAGGCCCUAGCAAAAUUGUUCCUAAGUCCCGGGAAUUCAUUGAAACAGAUUCAUCUACUUCUGACUCAAAUACAGACCAGGAGGAGAGCUUGCAGGCUAAGGUAUUGCCAGCUUGCACUGGGUCUGGCAAUGGUGUCAAAGUGAAGGACACUGGCAGUAACAUCCUCAGCGUAAGUAGUUUAACUAGCAAUGGCAGCAACACAUCCAUUGACCAGACCAGCAAUGACUUGGAGGAGCAGCUCUUUUCUCCUAUCCCAAUCGUACAAAGUGAACUUCUAUCACCACUGAGAGAAUACGAAGAACUCAAAUCUCUGUGGGUGAAAAUAGACCUUAGUUUACUCUCUAGGAUACCUGGACAAGAGCCCUUUGAGACCACGUCUGUGAAAAGCGAACCAAGAGAGGCAAAUGUGAAACACAGGCGACCAUCUCGAGAGUCCCCUACCCCAGCAGCUGAAAAACCAUCCACAAAAUCCAAAAGGAAACACAAGCAGACAGAAAGCCUGGAUACCUUUGUUGAAAGCAAGAAGCAGCGCCUGGAGGACCCUUCACCUUCAUGCCUGCUCCCACCUUGUAUCUCUCCGAUACCGAAUCACAGAUUAACCAGCACUAAAGAGGGCAGCGGUAGCUCAGUGAAGAAGGUGGCAAAGAAGAGAGAAGAGAAGCUGUUCCCUCCUCCAUUAUCCCCCCUCUUGGACGAGCCUGUGCACCGGCGGCACAGCAGUGACAACAGCUCCUUCAGCCAAGAGACCAGCAUCACAAACACCUCUCAGACCAGCAACGCUUCCUCCUCUGUUUCUAAACACAGAAAGAAUGAAAAUAAAUCAUCUUCUAACCCCAAAGGAAUCUGUGAGGAAGAAUCUCACAACACACCAACAGUUAACGCUCUUCUUGACACCAGCCAUCUAGAAACAGACAUCUGGUCUGCAAUGCCAACGCUUUCCAAUGGGAAUUCUGAGCCCAGAAGACCCAAAAUAACAUUUGAUGAUGUGCUUCACAAUGCGGAUUAUUACAUGCAAGAGGCUAAGAAGCUAAAGCAUAAAGCAGAUGCAUUGCUGGAGAAGUUUGGCAAAGCAGUGAAUUAUGCUGAUGCUGCCCUCUCCUUCAUCGAAUGUGGGAACGCUAUGGAGCGAGAUCCAUUAGAAGCUAAAUCUCCAUACACCAUGUACUCAGAGACUGUGGAACUCAUCAGGUAUGCAAUGAGACUCAAGAAUUUCACAGGCUCUUCUGCCACGGAAGGGGACAAGAAAUUAGCAGUUUUAUGCUACCGAUGCUUAUCACUUCUCUACUUGAGAAUGUUUAAACUAAAGAAGGACCAUGCUAUGAAGUACUCCAGAUCUCUGAUGGAAUAUUUUAAGAACUCUUCAAAAGCCUCACAGGCCCCCUCACCUUGGGGCGGCAAUGGAAAGUGA